AUGGAGAACGCCCAUACCAAGAGCAUCGAGGAGUGCUUGGCCUACUUUGGGGUGACCGAGAAUGUGGGGCUGUCCCCGGAGCAGGUGAAGAGGAGCCUGGAGAAGUAUGGGUACAAUGAGCUCCCGGCUGAGGAGGGCAAAUCCAUCUGGGAGCUGGUUGUGGAGCAGUUCGAGGACCUGCUGGUGCGGAUCCUGCUGCUGGCUGCCUGCAUCUCCUUCGUGCUGGCCUGGUUCGAGGAGGGCGAGGAGACAAUCACAGCCUUUGUGGAGCCCUUUGUGAUCCUGCUCAUCCUGGUGGCCAAUGCUGUGGUGGGAGUCUGGCAGGAGCGGAACGCUGAAAACGCCAUCGAGGCCCUCAAGGAAUAUGAGCCUGAGAUGGGUAAAGUCUAUAGGGCUGAUAGGAAGAGUGUGCAGAGGAUCAAGGCUCGAGACCUGGUGCCUGGAGACAUCGCUGAGGUGGCCGUGGGAGACAAGGUCCCGGCCGACAUCCGCAUCAUCUCCAUCAAGUCCACAACACUGCGGGUGGAUCAGUCCAUCCUGACCGGUGAGUCGGUGUCGGUGAUCAAGCACACGGACCCAGUGCCAGACCCACGGGCUGUCAACCAGGACAAGAAGAACAUGCUGUUCUCUGGCACCAACAUCGGGGCCGGCAAAGCCGUCGGCAUCGUGGUGGCCACAGGCGUCAGCACCGAGAUAGGCAAGAUCAGGGACGAGAUGGCAGCGACGGAGCAGGACAAGACUCCCCUGCAGCAGAAGCUGGAUGAGUUCGGGGAGCAGCUGUCCAAGGUCAUCUCCCUUAUCUGUGUGGCCGUUUGGCUUAUCAACAUCGGGCACUUCAAUGACCCAGUGCAUGGAGGGUCCUGGAUCAGAGGAGCCAUCUACUACUUCAAGAUCGCCGUGGCGCUGGCGGUGGCGGCCAUUCCUGAGGGCCUCCCUGCUGUCAUCACCACCUGCCUGGCCCUGGGCACACGCCGCAUGGCCAAGAAGAACGCCAUAGUCAGGAGCCUGCCCUCGGUGGAGACCUUGGGAUGUACAUCAGUCAUCUGCUCCGACAAGACUGGCACCCUGACCACCAACCAGAUGUCUGUCUGCAAGAUGUUCAUUGUGGACAAGGUGGAUGGUGACGUCUGCUCCCUCAAUGAGUUCUCCAUCACCGGCUCCACCUACGCACCCGAGGGCGAAGUGCUGAAGCAGGACCGGCCGGUCAAGGCAGGACAGUUCGAUGGGUUGGUGGAGCUGGCGACGAUCUGUGCCCUGUGCAAUGACUCAUCCCUGGACUACAAUGAGUCCAAGGGGGUGUAUGAGAAGGUCGGGGAGGCCACAGAGACAGCUCUGACCUGCCUGGUGGAGAAGAUGAACGUGUUCAACACGGACGUCAGGGGCUUGUCCAAGGUGGAGAGAGCCAAUGCCUGCAAUGGGGUGAUCAAGCAGCUGAUGAAGAAGGAGUUCACCCUGGAGUUCUCUCGGGACAGGAAGUCCAUGUCUGUUUACUGCUCCCCAGCCAAGGCCUCACGUGCAGCCGUGGGCAACAAGAUGUUCGUCAAGGGUGCCCCGGAGGGUGUCAUUGACCGCUGCAGCUACGUGCGCGUGGGCACGGCGCGGGUCCCGCUGAGCGCCGCGGUCAAGGAGCGCAUCCUGACCCUAAUCAAGGAGUGGGGCACGGGCAGGGACACCCUGAGGUGCCUGGCGCUGGCCACAAGGGACACCCCCCCCAAGAGGGAGGACAUGGUGCUGGAGGACUCGGCCAAGUUCAUUGACUAUGAGGUGGACCUGACCUUCGUGGGCUGCGUGGGCAUGCUGGACCCCCCCCGCAAGGAGGUGAUGGGCUCCAUCCGGCUGUGCCGCGACGCCGGCAUCCGCGUCAUCAUGAUCACGGGUGACAACAAGGGCACGGCCAUCGCCAUCUGCCGGCGCAUCGGCAUCUUCGGCGAGGACGAGGAGGUGUCCGGCAGGGCCUACACGGGCAGGGAGUUCGAUGACCUGCCCCCCACGGAGCAGAGGGAGGCCUGUCGUAGAGCCUGCUGCUUUGCCAGGGUGGAACCGACGCACAAGUCCAAGAUUGUGGAGUUCCUGCAGUCGUUUGAUGAGAUUACGGCGAUGACCGGCGACGGCGUCAACGACGCCCCAGCCCUCAAGAAGGCCGAGAUCGGCAUCGCCAUGGGCUCCGGCACAGCCGUGGCCAAGACGGCCUCGGAGAUGGUGCUGGCGGAUGACAACUUCUCCACCAUCGUGGCGGCCGUCGAGGAGGGCAGAGCCAUCUACAACAACAUGAAGCAGUUCAUCCGGUACCUCAUCUCCUCCAACGUGGGCGAGGUCGUCUGCAUCUUCCUGACCGCCGCCCUGGGCCUCCCCGAGGCCCUAAUCCCAGUCCAGCUCCUAUGGGUUAACCUGGUGACCGAUGGGUUACCAGCAACCGCAUUGGGGUUCAACCCCCCCGACCUGGACAUCAUGGACAAGCCCCCCCGGAGCCCCAAGGAGCCCCUCAUCAGCGGCUGGCUCUUCUUCCGGUACCUGGCCAUAGGGGGUUACGUCGGUGCCGCCACCGUCGGUGCAGCCGCCUGGUGGUUCCUGUUUGCUGAGGACGGCCCCAAUGUCAGCUACCACCAACUGACCCACUUCAUGCAGUGUGGGGAGCACAAUGUGGACUUCGAGGGCCUGGAGUGUGAGAUCUUCGAGUCCCCAGUGCCCAUGACCAUGGCCCUGUCUGUGCUGGUGACCAUAGAGAUGUGCAACGCGCUCAACAGCCUCUCAGAGAACCAGUCCCUGGCUCGGAUGCCUCCGUGGGUCAAUAUCUGGCUCUUGGGCUCCAUUUGUCUCUCCAUGUCCCUGCACUUCGUCAUCCUCUACAUUGACCCACUGCCUAUGAUCUUCAAGCUGACCCCAUUGACCUUCACCCAUUGGCUGAUGGUCCUGAAGAUCUCCCUGCCUGUCAUCCUAUUGGACGAGGCCCUUAAGUUCAUCGCCAGGAACUACCUGGAGGCACCUGAUGUCGUCGACUCCCACAAGAAGAAGAAGUGACCCCAAAACUGCUCCAAGG